AAAACUUGGGAAAAGGUUUUCCUCAGCAGUGACAUCAUGAACUCUGAUCCGGAUAUCCAGUUGGCCUGUCUGGCCAGAGCAAGACAACAUGCAGACGGACUUAUUUUUUCCCAGAAACUCGUAGCUUACACUAAAAUGGAGUGAGAAUUUAGAUUUUUUUGUCUUCCACCUUUGGCUUGUUGAAAAAAACCAACAGAUCAAAACAAAGGUCAUCCACCUCAGACUGAACCUGGAGCCUCUGAGGGGCACUUAAAUGCACCUUUAGCAUCUAACGGCAGGUUGGACGCCCAGUUUCAGCCCUCUGAAGACUGAGGUGUGGACAGAGUGUGAGCGAGGCGGUUGGCUGGCUGAGUCAGCUCCAAUGGGGGCCGGUUGUGACCCGGUCUGACCCCGGUUUGACCUUGCAGUGACCUUUGACCUCUCCGGUCCUGGCUCUCCACCUGCUCUGCUGCCUGGGUUCCGGAACGCUCCGCCCUGGGGCCCAGAACGAGCCAAUCAGGAUGAAGAAGAGCCGCAGCGUGCUGUCUGUGACUGGAGAAGAGGGUAACAACACAGAUAUAACAGGUGCUGGGGAGAAGGCGGAGUCAUCUCGCUACAGCCGGUCUUAUACGUCUGGGGCUACGUUGGGGGCUGAGCUACGCAGAGGGAGGAGCAGAAGACUUUCAUCUAGUCUCCAGGUACCCUGCUGGCUCCGCCCUCGAGACCGCACUCGUUCACCUGAGGUCCUGAGCAACGUAUCGCGUCCAACAACUCUUCCCCUCCGCAUCCCGCCACGCAUCUCCAUCACACAAGCAGACUCUGACAGUUAUGAAGCAGAAAAUGGCGUAUCACCAGGUCACACUCCGCUGGGUUCGCAGAGUCCAAGCCUCACCCUACACACCUCCUUUCUCCAGAGCCAGAGAAGAGAGUCCUUCCUCUACCGUUCAGACUCCGACUACGACAUGUCGCCCAAGACGGUCUCACGUAACUCCUCCCUUGCCAGUGAAGGGCACACAGGAGAGGACUUCAUUGUCACACCUUUUGCCCAAGUACUGGCGAGUCUGCGAUCGGUACGGAGCAACUUUACCAUUCUUGCCAACGUCUCCACACCGCCAAUCAAGAGGUCUCCUCUGGGUGGUGUGUGCGUCAGUCCCAGGGCGUCACUAUCAGAACAGCAAUACCAGCAGCUCGCCCUGGACACACUGGAGGAGCUGGACUGGUGCUUGGACCAGCUGGAGACCAUUCAGACACACCGCUCUGUCAGUGAAAUGGCCUCCAACAAGUUUAAGAGGAUGCUGAACAGAGAGCUGUCCCACCUGUCAGAGAUGAGUCGCUCCGGUAACCAGGUGUCUGAAUACAUCUCCAGCACCUUCAUGGACAAGCAGAACGAGGUGGAAAUCCCAUCUCCUACCCUGAAAGACAAACCUAUGAGUCACAUCAGCGGAGUGAGGAAACUGUCUCACAGCUCCAGCCUCUCCAGCACUUCCAUGCCUCGCUUCGGUGUCAACACGGACCACGAGGAUGAGCUUGCCAAGGAGCUGGAGGAUCUGGAUAAGUGGAGUUUUAACAUAUUCAGAGUAGCAGAAUUCUCCAACAACAGACCUCUCAGCUGCAUCAUGUACGCCAUCUUCCAGGAGCGGGAGCUGUUGAAGACGUUUCGUAUCCCAGUCGACACCUUUGUCACUUAUGUGAUGACCCUGGAGGACCAUUACCAUGGAAACGUAGCGUACCACAACAGCCUCCAUGCUGCAGAUGUCACCCAGUCCACACAUGUCCUCCUGUCCACACCUGCUCUUGAUGCCGUCUUCACUGACCUGGAGAUCCUCGCUGCUCUGUUCGCUGCAGCUAUCCACGAUGUCGACCAUCCUGGAGUUUCCAAUCAGUUCCUCAUCAACACCAACUCAGAGCUGGCCCUCAUGUAUAAUGAUGAGUCAGUUUUGGAGAACCACCACCUCGCUGUGGGCUUCAAGCUUCUGCACCAGGAAAACUGUGACAUCUUCCAGAACCUCACCAAGCGACAGCGCCAGAGCCUUCGCAAGCUUGUCAUCGAUAUGGUGUUGGCAACGGACAUGUCCAAACACAUGACCCUACUGGCUGACCUGAAGACAAUGGUGGAGACCAAGAAGGUAACCAGCUCUGGUGUGCUGUUGCUGGACCACUACACAGAAAGGAUACAGGUGCUGAGGAACAUGGUGCACUGCGCAGACCUGAGCAACCCCACCAAGCCGCUGCCGUUAUACAGACAGUGGACAGAGAGGAUCAUGGAGGAGUUCUUCCGACAGGGUGACAAGGAGCGAGAGAGAGGGAUGGAGAUCAGUGCCAUGUGUGACAAACACACUGCGUCAGUGGAGAAGAGUCAGGUGGGUUUCAUCGACUACAUCGUCCACCCGCUGUGGGAGACGUGGGCUGACCUUGUGCAUCCAGACGCCCAGGAGCUGUUGGACACGCUGGAGGAGAACAGGGAGUGGUACCUGAACACCAUGCCCCAGUCUCCCUCACCUCCCCCGGACAGACACCUGCAGCACGACCGCUUCCAGUUCGAACUCACCCUGGAGGACCUGGAGCACAACAACCACAACCACAUACACCUGAGGAACAACGGCGGGAAAGAUAUCCACGACGACGACGAUGACGAUGACGACGACGAUGCACACCGAACGCAGGACGAAGGAGAGACUGUGAAAGAAGAUGAGGAGAAUCACAACAGCGAACACAAUGGAGUCCAAGGUGAGGAGGAGGAGGAGGAGGAGGAGGAGGAGGAAGGGACUGGAGGAAAAGAGGUAGAAGAAGAAGAGGAGGUGAAGGAGAACACAGAGGAGGAGGAGGAACAUGGAGAGGAUCAGGCAGAAGAAGACGACGGAGGAGGGCAGACAGAUGCAGCGGAGGACGAGGAGACUAAAGAAGAGGAGGGAGAGACUCAAGAAGAAGAAGGAGAACAGAAAGAGGAAGAGGAGGAUGGUGCAGAAAAUGAGGAGGUGAAGACGGAGGAAGGAGAAGGCGAGGAAAAUUUGGAAAAGGAAGAGACAGAAGGGGAAUUAGAAGGAGAAGGAGGAGGUGAGGGGGAAGAGGAAGUGGAAAAUGAAGAGGCAGAAGUAGAGGAAAAAGAGGAGGAAGAGAAAGAAGAAGAGGAGGCAGGAGAGGUGGAAGAAAAUGUAGUGGAAGAGGAGGGCGAGACAGAGGAGGCAGAAACAGAGGACAAAGCUGAAGAGGAGGUUGAAGAAACAGAAGAUGUCAAUGGGGAAGAGGAGAAUGGAGAGUUGGCAGAAGCAGAGGCAGAGGAGGAGGUGCCAGUUGAGGAUGAAGCUGGAGAAGAAGAGGUAGAGGAAGAAGAGGACAGUUAGUUGGGUGUAAAAACAUAAACAGGGUCAGCGAGGAAAAGUCUCAGAGAGAUACAGAAGUACGUAAAUGGAGCCGGAGAGGCUUCAGCAGUUAGCAGUAAGACUGUCAUGGAGGAGGAUGAAGAGCCGAAGAUGCACUUCUCUCCAGGGUUAACAUGCUCUGACUCAACUACAGACGUCUCAAACUCCACAGCUCGCAGACGGACAGCAAUGGAUACAAAUACAAAACCUCUGCCGAAGCAUACGCCUUCCCGAACAGCCAGAUUGUUGCAGCGUCCUGAUCAACUGGUAGUGAUAGAACGACUUCACGUCUUCAUCACUGAGUAUCUGUACAUCCAUCACUGCCGUAGGGAAUAAAACGGGGGAUAAGAAAAGGGGUGAACCUGUUUUAUCAACCUUUUGUAGCUCCUGAAAAUCUUAAAAAAACAAAAACUGAAAUGCGUACAUGCAAAUAAGUGCGUGCCUGUUCUCCCGAUCUCAUGGACUACUACUCAUCAUCUCUGUCUCGUUUAUGAGGACGAUACACACACACACACACACACACACUGACCAACAACUGUUAAAAGAAUGUCAACUUCCUCUGUUUGUCAGAAAAGAGAAAAAAAAUAAGUCUGGAAAGUGUCUGUUGUCUUAUAUUUACUACAAAAACUUCCCGCUUGUGAACAGGAUGCUGAGAACACCUUCGGGCUCUGGAACAGUUUAACCUCCUCACAUGCUAACCUUAAAGCAACGAUGCUGGAUUCCUGAAUAGUAUCUGGACCGUUUUGUCAAAGGUGGAAACAUCUGCAGUCCAGCUCAAGGGGCUGACCUGUUGUACGUGUCGAUGUCAGUUCAUGUUAACAAAAAAACAAAACAAAACAAAAAAAACCACCCAAUAUUCAUCCCAUCAUGACAGUUUCACCACUCCCAGACUGUGAGUUUGAAUCCCGGGUGAAUCGUGCCAAACUGAUACACGACCAGCACUGAGCAAUUCAGCCUUCCUCCAAACAAGGUGGCUGACUCGACCGUGAAGCAAUGAACUGUGGGACCAGGGUAACGGGUGUGAUGGUCUUCCACAAAUCCCUUUUUUUCUUUCUUUGUUUUUUGUAAAAAUGGUAUUUGGCACUUUAUCUAACACCCCUGUUACAUAUAUGUACAUAAUAAACAUGUAUUUUAAUCUGCUGAUGUCAUAUAA